ACCUUGAUCUUCGGCUGCUUCGGAGACCUCGUCCGAAGUUCGUACGAGGGUCGCCCGAGCGUCAUUGUCUGGAUAGAACGGCACAAGAGUCGCAAAGACAGUUGAGGAUAUAAAUGACUAAGUUGUCCAUGUUUGCUUUGAGAGGAUAAAGUUGCAUACUUUGCCAAAAUGUCGUCCUUCACCCUUGAACAGGUCCAAAAACACUGCAAACCAGACGAUGUCUGGAUUAUCCUCCACAACAAGGUCUACGAUGUGACCAAGUACCUUGAAGAUCACCCCGGUGGGGGUGCUAUUCUUCUCGAGGUCGCCGGCGCCGACGCCACUGAAGCUUUUGAGGAAGUCGGACACUCUGACGAAGCGAGGGAACAGUUAGAGCCUUUCUACGUAGGCGACUUACCGACAGAGGAACAAACCGAAUCCGUCGAGAUAUACCGCCCAACCUACGAGCAAGUCUCCCAAUCCGCGGCCGUCAACGUCAAAAACUCCACCUCCUGGUCAUCCAUAAUUCAAACAAUUAUAAAGUGCGGCAUGACCGGUCUAGCGGGCAGAGCUGCCAUAACAGCCUACCAUCGUGGUAUAACCACCACCGAAGUAGUCCACGCCCUGCGCUCCCUCGUCACAUCUAUCUCUCCGCGCCAGGGCCCAGGCCACGACGGAUCCCACUUCUGGACCGGCGUGGGCAUCGCCAGCGCAGUCCAGUUCUCCCUAACCUUGGGCUUGGGCAUGUGGAUCUCAACCAAGCUAGACGUGCAACAAGAAUUCACUCACCACGUACCCCGUCGACCAGCCAAAACAGCACGUAUGAUCAAGCUCCCCCGGACCAAUCUUCCAGUCAAGAAACCGAGUGUCUUGGAUCCGCGCAAAUGGCGACCUUUCACCUUGACCAGCAAAACCGAAGUUGCGCCACAUGUAUAUCGAUUCAUCUUUGCAUUGCCAAAUCCUGAUGAUAUCCUCGGCCUACCGACGGGCCAGCAUAUCGCCCUACGAGCGACGAUCAACGGACAAAGCGUCUCGAGAUCGUACACACCGGUAUCCAACAACAGUGACUUGGGUCGUAUCGAGCUACUCAUCAAGGUAUACCCCAAUGGAGCGAUGACCCAGCACCUGGAGCAGAUGGAAGUAGGCGACUCGAUCGAGAUCCGCGGACCCAAGGGCGCAAUGCAAUAUUCACGGCAAUAUGCGAAGCAUAUCGGGAUGAUCGCAGGUGGAACAGGCAUUACACCGAUGUACCAGCUCAUUCGGGCAAUCUGCGAAGACGAUAGCGACAAGACUCAGGUGUCAUUGCUGUACGCGAAUAACACGGAAGAAGACAUUUUAUUGCGCGCAGAGUUGGAUGAGUUCGCGAGGCGUCAUCCAGUUAAGUUCCAGGUGCAGUAUGUGUUGAGCCAUCCCGGGGAGACGUGGCAGGGUUACCGGGGGUUUGUGAAUGGGGAUGUUAUUGCGAAGCAUUUGGCGCCUGCUGCGCUGGAUAAUAGAGUGUUGUUGUGUGGGCCGCCGCCGAUGGUGGGAGCGAUGAAGAAGACCUUGCAGGGAAUGGGGUGGGCGAUGCCUGGAGCUGUUGCUAAAGUUGGGGAUCAGGUUUUCUUGUUUUAG